AUGAAAGAGGUUGGAUGUUUCAAAGCAAUUGACAUGGAUAUAUCAGGAUACACCCUGCUGUCAGAUGGGAAACUAUACAAGACAUUUCCAGACAUUCCUACAUUUCCUUCUGCAAGGGAAAAAUGUUAUGCAGAUGGAGCCACUUUGUCAUCUCCUUAUCCAACUAAUGUAUGGGCCAUGUUGGCUGCUUUUGUGCCCAUCAAUGACUCCAUACCAAUUGGAAUUCAUGCACUCAAUAGAUCCAAUGGUGACUGGGCCACCAUGGAUGUAUGCAGGAAAACUUCUGUUUGGCUCCAAGCCAGCACUGGGAAGUUAUACAGAUUCAUCACAAGGAAUUUCACAAGACAAAUGGAUGCUGAGAGGGCCUGCAAUAUGGUUGGAGGCACUCUGGCCAACAUGUUUUCAAGGGAAAUAUUCACAGCUACACAUGGAAUAAGAAUGGCAGCCUAUGGGAGGAAUUUUUACAUAGCUGGUAGUGAUCAAGAUCAGGAAGGCAUCUGGGUCCUUCCUGAUGCAAUUGACAUGGAAUUCUCAGGAUACACCCUGCUGUCAGAUGGGAAACUAUACAAGACAUUUCCAGGCACUGCUACAAUUACUGUCAGCAGAGCAAAGUGCACUGCAGAUGGAGCCACCUUGUCAUUGCCAUAUCCAACCAAUGUCUGGUCCAUGUUGGCAGCUUUCAUGCCCACCAGUAACCAAUUGCCCAUUGGAAUUUAUGCAACUAAUAGAUCCAAUGGUGACUGGGCCACAAUUGAUGCUGGACUCCGCGGUGCCUUGGUGGGCCAUUCCCCAUCUGGCCCAAGUUUCUCCUUCAACUCAGCAAUAUCAUCCUCGCGCUGCUUGUACAUGAACUUGAGCAAGCGUUUCUUGAGCUGGGGAUUGGCCUUUUUCAACUUUUUGACAAAUGUGUCCUUUUGCUUCUUGUUCAUGUGGAUGAUGGGCUUGGGGUCCAAUUCACGGGCGUCCUUGCCGCCUUUGGCUCCCCAGGGUUUGGCAGGGUCCUCAGUGGUAGUGGCAGCACUUGACAUGAACAUCUCAGGAUACACCCUGUUGUCAGAUGGGAAACUGUACAAGUCAUACAUGAAUGUUGGAACCAUUGCUGACACUAGAAACAAAUGUACUAAUGAUGGAGCCACCUUGUCAUCACCAUAUCCAAAUAAUGUAUGGACCACACUGGCCAGUUUCAUGCCAAAUACAGUCCAAAUGCCAAUUGGGAUUUAUGCCACCAAUAGACCCAUGGGUGAAUGGACCACCAUUGAUGGGCAUACAUUCAACUCCAACUUUCAGAUACUUGACCCCAACCAACACUGGGGAUCAAAUUUACCAAAUGAUAGUACUAGUACAUGUGUCAUCAUGAACUAUGCUCUGGGUGGGAUGACAUGGGAUGAUGUGUCAUGUGCACUGGCCAAUAACAGAACCACCUCAGCAGUCUGCAGGAAAACUUCUGCUUGGAUAAAAGCCACUACUGGAAAGUCUUACAGGUUCAUCACAAGAAACUUCACCAGUCAAAUGAGUGCUGAAUGGGCAUGCAAUAAAGUUGGAGGCACUCUGGCAAAUAUGUUCUCAAAAGCUGUGUACACAGCCACAGAGGGCAUUAGAAUGAGAGCCUACGGAAAGACCGUUUACAUUGCUGGCAGUGAUCAAAUUCAGGAAGACAAAUGGCUCCUACCUGAUGGUACAAUAGUUGAUGCAACCUUAAAAGCCACUGACAUCAACCAACCAUGGAAAUCUGGAGAACCUAAAGGGAAAACAGAAGAAAAUUGUGCUGGUCUGACUUAUUACUUCCUGAAAUUCCUAGAGGUGAAAAGCGGAGAAACUUCACUCACCAAAGAAUUGCGGUUCACUUCCUCGGAUCCCUUCUCUGGUAGCUAUUUUGAACCACAACCGUGUCAAACACACCUUGAUUCCCUUCCCUGGGAGUUAGUUUUGAAUCACAACCAGGCCAAGCACGCUACACUACGUCAGACAAUCAAGCAAAAGCAAUAUAAGUGA